UUAGUUUUUUUUCUUUUUCUUUUUUGGGUUUUCAAAACAUUUCAACGUUUGAUCGUUAUCUUGUGUCACUCGUGUACUCCAUUAAUACAUCAGUACUUCAUUGUUUUCCUUCUUUUUUCUUGGUUUAUUCUCUCGAAACCUUGGUUUCAAGCUUUUCUAGUUUUGGUGGUGAUCAAGUUUUUUAAGUAGAAUAUUACUUGAAGUUGAUGACUAUGUAUCAGCAAGAUUCAGAUUUUGUGCAUUGGGUUCUCGGGGGUGACCCUUUUUACCAUUGUGCAUAUAGUAGUGACAUGGUGCAGCAUGAUGCUGGAGACAUCUAUCAUCACACUCACUAUUAUAGAGGUCAUACUGAUACACAAAGCAGCCAGAUAGAGAAUGACGAGGUCAUAGCUCGUACCCUUCAGGAAGAAUUCUCACAUCUUGCAGUGGCAGAAGCAUCAAAAUUUUCUCACGCUGGGGAAGAGCAGUCACAAUCAUCCAGUGAACAUCAUAAUUGGCAUACUCCAUCAACAACAUACUAUUAUUCAGGCUAUGAAUAUGGCCAAGAUGAAUCUGAUGAUUUGGUGCCAUAUGGUUCCUGCUCUAGCCCCAGUGAUUCGGAGGAUUUUUCUGGCUCUUUGGAGCUAACCGAGGGUUAUUUACUCGAUGAUGAUGAAGUAGGCAAGAGGUUUAAUCAAAUGAUUCCGAUCCCUCAUGUCCCUAGAAUCAAUGGUGAAAUACCACCAAUUAAUGAAGCAAUGUCUGAUCAUGAAAGGUUGUUGAGCAGAUUGCAGCUAUACGGUUUUGAUGAGCUCAAGGUUCAAGGAGAUGGCAAUUGUCAGUUCCGUGCACUGUCGCAUCAGUUAUAUCAUACACCUGAUAAUCACAAAUAUGUGAGACUACAAAUUGUGAAUCAGCUUAAAUCUAACCGAGAGACAUAUGAAGGAUAUGUCCCCAUGGAUUAUGCUGACUAUUUGAAGAAGAUGUCAAAGAGCGGCGAGUGGGGUGAUCACGUUACAUUGCAGGCAGCUGCAGACGCGUAUGGCUUGAAAAUUUUUGUCAUGACUUCCUUUAAGGACACUUGUUACAUCGAGAUUCUUCCCAACUUCCGGAAGUCGAAAGGCGUCAUUUUCUUGAGUUUUUGGGCCGAAGUUCACUACAACUCAAUCUAUUGCCAAGGAGAUCCUCCCUCAGCCGAGGUUCCAAGGAAGAAAAAAUGGUGGAUUUUUGGGAACUAACACAACAAAGAUAAGCCAAGCUUCCAUGCUGUAGUAUCUGAUACAACUACUACUUCAUAGUUGUAUUGUAAAGAGAAAUACAAAACAUUGCUCAAUU